GUGAAGGUCAGGGGGUCAGAGGUCACAGUCUGGUCAAGACAGCUCAGCAAGUGAUGGCAAGGUUCAGAAGAAGAAGAGAGGGCAAGCAAGGAAAGAUCUGUCCUCACAGUUCUUGGAUGAAAGCAGUGAGGUCCAGUUGGAAGCAAACUCAGCUGCAGAAAGUCAUCAAGAAAACACAGAACCUAAGAGAAAGGAGGGCCAGCAAGGCCAAAGAAAGUCGCUCAGCUCCCAAGAGGCCAGGGAAGCAAAGACAGGAAGCCAGUAGUCCUGUGGAGAAGGGCCCUGACAACAGUCUAACUGCUGUGGAGGAGGAUGUACCAGUGUUUGAUCUGAGUUCUCAAACAGCACAAGAGAGCGCGACAAGUGAUGGUAAAGUGCGUAGGAGGAAGAGAGGGCGUCCCAGGAAGGCACCCCAAACUGCCCAGUCUUCUAAUGAAAGUAGAGAGAUUCAGUCAGAGGCCAACGUGUCAGCAGGCCCUGAAGAAAACACAGAACCGAAGAAGAAAAGAGCCAAGAAAGCUGGCAAGAGGAUGGGAAAACAAAGACAGGCAGCUAGUUCUACAGAGGACAACUCUGACAAAACACUGUCAAGUGGUGAUGAUCUCCCUGUAUCAGCGACACCGUUGCGUUCGAUCUUGAAGGGAGGUAAGAACCACACACCACGGUCCUCGACUUCCACGCUGCCGCGGGCCUCCGUCACGUCUCCUAAACACUACGCCAACGUCACGCAGUCAAAGUCGGCUUCAAAGAAGGGCCCAGCAGAUAGUGCCAGACAGGCCCACAUCAUUGCACCGCGUAAGGACAAGACCCCAGGAGUGCGUAGAUCGUGCAGGAACCGAGCGCGUCCCGUGGCUUGGUGGGCGCAUGAGCGCGUGGUGUACGAGAGGAGAGACUCCGGUAGAGUCAUGGUGGACAUCAAGAGGCCAGAUGCCAAGGACUACGGAGCCAGGCCCAGGAAGACGCAAAUAACUAAAGGGAAGAGUAGACCCAGAAAAGUAGGAGCUACGAAGACACAGCAGCCCCUCCAACAGGAGUCUGUACCUGACAUCUCUACCCACACAGACGUACCCAGGGACUGGGAGGAUGUGGAAAACCCUGUCAUUCCUGUAGUCAACCCUGCUACCAAGGAGGAGGUACUCAUCGAUUGCGUGAAAACGACCAGCAUGUUUGACUUCCGCGGGCCGCAGGGAAGGGCAGCGACGGAGGAGGAUGGCAUCAAAGUCUGCAAGGCCCUGCGCCAGCCUCAGUUUGGGCUGGGACAGAUCAUCCUGGAGCCACGCCAGGAGAAGGGUACACAGUUUGUCAGGAACGACACACUGGUACGUUAUGUUUGUUUGUUUGUUUGUUUGUUUGUAUGUUGUAGGAAGGAAGGAAGGAAUGAAUGUCUUGAAGUGACUUUAAGUAAUUUUUAUGGACGAUAUCAUCACACGCAUUAAUUUACGCCUGAUUUU